UUUCACAUGACUUCCACAUGACUGCAGAGUGAAACACGGCGCUCUACACUGUUACUGAAGCGUGAUUUUCGGACUGAAUGAACACAUGCUUUAGGAUCUCAGUUGUGUGAAGUGUGAUGGCGGCGCUGGAGGUGCUGCUGAAGGGUUCCCCUGUGGAAUAAUGUGAGCGGUGUGGAGGUCAUGGAGAAGUUUACGGUUGUUGGAUUAGUGCUGGUGUCCCUGUGCCAGGCUUCACCUCUGCCCAACUUCGUGCUGCUGUUUGCGGAUGAUUUGGGUUAUGGAGAUUUGGGUUUCUCGGGUCAUCCUACAUCACUCACGCCGAACCUGGACCGACUGGCGGCUGAUGGGCUCCGGUUUACCGACUUCUACUCCACCAGCCCUGUGUGCAGCCCGUCCAGAGCAUCUUUGUUGACAGGACGCUACCAGACACGUUCUGGGAUCUACCCCGGUGUGCUGUACCCGGGCUCAAUAGGUGGGCUCCCUCUUAACGAGACCACUAUUGCAGAAGUACUGAAGCCUCUAGGCUAUGCCACAGCCAUGAUGGGGAAAUGGCACCUGGGCUACGGAGCUAAUGGUACUUACCUGCCUACACGACAAGGCUUUGACCACUACCUCGGCAUCCCAUACUCUCAUGACAUGGGUCCUUGUCACAAUCUGACCUGCUUCCCUCCGAAUGUGAAGUGUUAUGGCUUCUGUGAUGUCGGUACGGUAACUGUGCCUCUGAUGAAGGGGGAAACCAUCACGCAGCAGCCUGUAGAUUUUGUUAAUCUGGAAGACGCCUACAGUGAUUUUGCCACAGAAUUCAUCCGCAGUUCUGCUCAGAAACGCCAACCUUUCUUCCUCUAUUAUCCUUCUCAUCACACUCACUACCCACAGUUUGCAGGGUGGAAAUCUGUGGGCCGAUCGCUCAGGGGGCCGUUUGGAGAUGCACUGCUGGAGUUUGACUCCACCAUAGGAAACAUCCUGCAGACGCUGAAGGACACAGGGGUGCUAAACAACACACUCGUCUUCUUCACAUCUGACAAUGGGCCAGAACUUAUGCGAAUGUCUCGUGGGGGAAAUUCUGGGUUGUUAAAGUGCGGUAAAGGAACUACUUAUGAAGGAGGAAUGAGAGAACCUGCUAUUGCCUACUGGUCUGGAGUCAUCAAACCAGGUCUCACCCAUAGUCUGUCUAGUACUCUGGACAUCCUGCCAACCAUUGCCAGAUUGGCUGGAGCUCCAUUUCCCAAGGUUCAGCUGGAUGGCGUGGACAUGAUCGAUAUAUUGUUCAACCAUGGAGAAGGUCAAAGAAAGGCUAUCUUUUACUACCCAAUCGACCCCACUGAGAAGUAUGGUGUGUUUGCAGUGAGAAUGGGACAAUAUAAAGCUCAUUAUUACACUAGGGGAGCGUCACACAGUGAAACAACUCCAGAUCAGGACUGUCGGUUAAUCUCCGUCCUGAAGUAUCACGACCCUCCUCUGCUGUUUGACCUGGAGUCCGAUCCAUCUGAAAACUAUAACCUGAGUGUGAAGGACCAUCCCGAGCUGGUCAGUGUGCUGCAGGAGAUCAAGGAACUCAAGGAGAAUUUCGAGGCCUCGAUGCAGUUUGGAGAAAGUGAGAUUGGAAAAGGAACUGAUCCGAACCUGGCACCCUGCUGUAACCCACAGUGUUCUCCUAAACCAGAAUGCUGCCGCUGUGAGAUUACAUACUGACCAGUUCAUUUCUACAGGUAGUCCCCGAGUUACGAUGGUUCGACUUUUCCGAUCUUAUGAUGACUAAGAUGGAAACACGUAACACCACUCGUCCACACACCUGCUCCCAAAUACAUGUAUACCGUAAAGUUUAUACAUUACGGUACUUUAAAUUGCUCCGUUUUGCUAAAUUAUGUACUGUAUUUUGUUAAAUUAUUACCAAUUACAGUAUACUACCUCAUACUGAUCAUUCUUUAAGACUGCGGGGUAGGCUUGGCCAUGUCUCGAUAUUUACAAGUUACGCUGAUGUCAUUAUAACGCAUCUCCAUCGUAAGUCUGGGACUACCUGUAUAUACAUAAUUUUCCUUUUUCUUUAAAAUCGUACACUGGCCAAAAACCAGUUUUAUAAUGCAUUAAUGUGUUAAUUUUAUAAUGCAUUAAAAUCAGCCACUGCCACUCACACAUCUGCUGUGUUCAAGAGAAUAAUUCCUAUAAAACAGUGUGAAAUGUGUGAAAGAUCCUUUUGCUCUGCUGUUCUGUUAUAUUCUCAUCUCAUAAAACAGUCAUGCAGCAGUAAUCUGAUUUCUAUUGAUUUGUGGGGUUUUUUCUGUUUUGAUUCAAAAACAAUAAAAACAAAAAGAAUUGUGUCUAGAAGGCAUUUUUGCUCGAGC